UUAAUCAUCUUCUUGCAUCUAACAACACCAUAGAAAACUAGUAACGAUGUCACAACUCACAAGCAAAGAAUAGUAAUGCGAAAACUGUCAAAUGAAUUACAUACUCGAAUCAUGUUCAACAAUGGUGAGGUAAAAAAAAAUCAGAAUCUUGAUUAACCAAGAAGAUCAAAAACUACAUUCCCCUCUAUUGUUCUUUAAUAGAAACAAAAAUAAAACGAAUCAUAGAAAAAUGUUUACGAAGAAGAAACUGUUUUUUUGUAUUUCGCCAAAAUCAAACACGAGCUGACGACAUAGGAGCUGAAGCGGCGGAAACCGCGGCGGACGUAGCGGCUCCACCGAGGAAAGACAACAAUCCAAUAUUAGCAGGCUCCUGCUCAUCCAAGAAAAGAUCCUCGGGAGCUCUAAACGCGCCGUGUAAACACACGAUCCCAAAACCGAUCAUCAACGCAGUGGUCAACAGAGAUCCGACGCUGGUCAAGAACACCACGACGAUCGUCAAGAUAACCAAAACCGCGAGCGUUUCGCGAUCCGAGAACGUGCGUCCGAGGACGACGAGCGGUUGAUCUGACUGGCGGAACAGGUAGAGGAAGAUCCACGCGGCGAAUAGGCAGAGGAGGACGAGGAGAGACAAGGGAUGGGAGAGGAGGGAGAGCGCGAGGACGAGGGAGACGAUCGUCACGUAGUUUACCUUGAAGUAAGGUAUAUUCCUCCGGAUCCGAGAGUACGCGUCGGCGAGGGAGUCUGGCCGCGAGAUCGCGCUCCGAUCUACGAGCUCGAGCCAUGGACGUCGCUGAGAUAGGCUUUGGCGGAUCGAGGCGGUGAGGCGAGUGAGGAAGGUGCGGAAUGCUGGUGUGGAGACGGGGGGAUGAGAUUGGGAGCCGUUGGAGUGGUCUGAGAUCGGUAACGGUGGCGGAUUCGCCAUCACACGGAUGCGCGUGGGGAAGAUUGGGAACGAAGAUGGCGCGUGGGUGGAAACGGAGACGCGUUUGAUUGUUACGGUUAUUUUGAUCUCUCUCUCUGAAGCAACGUCAUGAUUUGAUGUUAACAACCUCACUAAAGAAUCUCCACCGUCCACGUGGAUUACACCAACGUACAUUCCUCGAUAAAAGAAUCCGAGGCCUUUUAAGAUAAAAGGCCCAGUUUUAAAAGCCUGUGUAAAUAUAAAAACAAUUCAGGCCUAGUAUAACGGUAAACGACAGCGUUUUGAAGCUGAUACGCCUCUUAUAGCCGGCACGAAAGGUCAUUGGUGGAGGAAAGAAGACGAAAAUGGGGAAGCAGCCGGUGAAAUUGAAGGCGGUGGUUUACGCUUUGUCUCCGUUUCAGCAGAAGAUCAUGACUGGUCUAUGGAAGGAUCUGCCGGAGAAGAUCCACCAUAAGGUCUCUGAGAAUUGGAUCAGCACUAUUCUCCUCCUCGCUCCCGUCAUCGGAACCUACUCGUAUGCUCAACACUACCAAGAAAAAGAGAAGCUGGAGCACAGGUUCUAAGCAUGGAGAUGUGUUCUGAUUGCUUACAAGAAUACCAAUAAUUCUUUCUUCGUUUUUCAGUUUCCAAAAGACAGUUUGUUUUUGCAACACUCGUGGAAAAGUUGUUUCCUUGCGUUUUUGUUGAAUAAAUUUGUUUAUUUUGUAACAAUUCCCUGAAGGUUUGAUCUCCAGAAUGCAAUUGCUGAAUGUCAAUUUAGUUUGUUGAAUAAAGUUUCUGAAAGACAUGAUCUAAA